UCUGCGACAAACGCGAAUUCAAUGACUAGGAGAAGGUAUCUUCCUCUCCCAAUCAAGUAAAAUGGAGUCUAGUACGUUGCGUCUUGAUUCUUAUAAUUGAUUGAUUCUAAUUGGUUUAUAGCUAGAGAAGAGCGCAUGCAACAACGGCUACGAGGAGCCCAGUAAGUUCUAAGAAUCGGCCCCUCUUCAUUAUGCGGAACUGACAAUCAGCUGUCAAGACGUCAAGUUAAAGAUGUCGACUUCGGUUUUAUGUUACCAACUUUUGCUGCGCCGCCUGCAGCUGCAGCUGCACCUAGCCCAGCUCCAGCCCCAGCUCCAGUUCUGGAAAUUCCAAAUUCACUUUCAGAAGCUCCUGCGAGCCCAGAAACUCAAGCCGAUUUACCUUCAGAACCUAUAAGUCAAACGCCAGCUACUGCGACCAGAAAUAGUGAUAAAUCUUCGAAUAUACUGGGCUUACAAUCAAACAACAUUACGAGAUCCAAUACUGGGAAUGAUGCAAAUACGUCUGCGAAAAGAAGGAAGUUAGAAACUGAUGAACCGCCAUCAUCUUCCACCAGAAGUAUGCGGUCUUCUCGGAGUUCAGCCCGAAAGGAUAUAUAUGAUAUGCCAGAGGAUGAUGAGGAAGAGCAACUUGCGGCGGAUCAUCCAAACUCAAUAAUUUUAGAAUCCUCCAAGGAAAAUGUCCCAGAACCAGAGAAUAUCGAGAUUGCACCAUCUCCUCCCCAGAUGCACUCCGAGCCAGUUGAGUCCAUCGAAAGAGAUGUAUCGAAUGAAGCUAUGGUGGUAGGCAACGAUAAAGAAUUGUUUGUGGAAGAUAAGCCACCACAAGAAGAAACGGCGGACGCAACAGAAUCCCCCAAAAUACUACCACGCCCAUCACGGAACAAACGAAAGAGGGGUGAGCCGCCUUCUGAACCCUCAGGGCUAGAUCAAUCGGCAAUUACUGAAACCGGCCACCUGGAUACCACCAAUGACAGUAUUGAGGAAGUCGUACCAGAGCGAAGACGAUCUCGUAGGAAAUCAGCUUUGCAGGAGGAAGUUGAAAUCAAUGAAGAAGAAAACCUUGAGGAUUCUACAGAGCAAGCGGAAGCGAUUGAUGAUUACGAAGCUGCCGUAAUAUUGAAGAAAAGUCGAGGACGAAGAAUAUCCAGGAACGUUGUUGCUUCUGAUGGAUCUAUCCCAGAGGAUUCUGCACCACCGAGAUCGCCUACUGCAAAGAAAAAGCGCGGUAGGGUUCGACAGGUUACCAGUCCAGUACAGCAACGACAACCAGCACCUCCGAAAUCCAAAACUCAAAGGACAGAGAUGAAAAGCAAAAAGCAGAAGGUCCGCGAAGGAAGCCCAAUACCUGUUACUGUCCAUCGUUUAACAAAGGGACCCGUGUACGAUGACAAUGAUUCCGAUGCUGAAUUUUUCAAUUCUGACAUACCAUGUGCGACAAGAGCAGGGGUAAAUGCCGUGGAUGUUCUUAGUCAAAUAUGUCAAGAGCUAGUUACUGCUGGACUCGAAACCCUUGGGGAAAAUGCAGUCAGAACUCAGGAUGCUGCUCAAAGACUUGAGUACAAGACAAAGAUUCGAGCUGUAGAAAAUUUCAGUAAGGAAUUGCAAGUCCGGCUUCUAGAACAUGUAAGUAAAAAGUCCUAUGGAUGUCAAAUCACUAACUCUUCAAAGACAAUCAAUCUUGAUAAUUCAUACUCUCUUGAGAAACGCUUGCGGGAAGGUCAGAAGAAGAAGUUAUCUCUAAGAGAGGAAAUUCUUCGCGUAAGAGCUGAACGAGAAAAGGUUGCUUUACGUAUGGAUGGGAUCCGAAUUGCUCACGAAAAGGAUUCUCAUAAUGCCCAGGUAAUUCAUCCCCCUAUCACUCCUUUCAUCCACUAACCUUGCACAGCAACGAGAGGUACUCAACACAACAGUACACGAUAUCGAGCUUGCAGUUGAGCGAGGAAAAUCCAUUUCCGAUCAUACAGAUGAUGGAAAGUCAAAUACAGAGCUCAUGCUUAAACGUGUCGCAUCUGAAGCUAGUAGUGCAAGUGAUGAUGGGGGCAUUUUAAAACAGAUCAAGGCAUUUAAUGCAUUCAUGGAACGAGCUGCAUUGGCGUUGGAGGGAAGGAAGGCUAUUGAAUAAUUUUUGAUACCCCUUGGAAAUGAAUUGCAUAAUUU